ACCAAAGUUGUCUGCAUAGAAGAAGAAAGGUGUCUUGCUAGCUCUUAGUCCACCGGAGGGCAAAGCAAAACUGAGAUGUAAUAUGAAUCUAAAUCUAUCCAGAAGUAUUACUAAGAUCAGACCACCAUGCCCCAAACUGAGGCCGCCUCAUUUUCUUUCUCCCUCAAGUUGGUCUAUAUGCUCCAAGAUAGUCUACGAGAAUCAAGCACAUACUCUACGAGAAGUCAGCAGUGUUCACAAGCGAACACGAAACAAAAACAAAAUUGGACAGACUUUUUGUGCAACUCUAAAAGAUGAAUCUGUACCGGAGCCAAAAGAAGAUAAUAACAAAGUAACAGCACAGAGUGAUAUAUGGAGGAAAUGGGAUGUAUUUCGCAGGUUUUGUCGUCUGCACAGUGUUACUGGCACGGUUACUGGCAUAGUUUCGAUAUCACUACUGCCUUUGACUUCAUUCGGAGAUCUGUCACCUGCAUUUGUUCUAGGAAUCCUACAGUCAGUGCUCCCAUUCGCUUUCAUAAACAUCUAUGUGGGUACACUAAAUCAGUUAACUGAUCUCGGGAUAGACAAAAUAAACAAGCCCCAUUAUGUACUGGUUUCCGGAGAAUAUAGCAUGGGACAAGGAAAGGCUAUUACCGCUGCAAUUGGAAUCAUGGGCCUUGGUACGGCAAUCAUGUUCGGAUCCCCUCCAUUACUUUAUGGAGCUAUUAUACAUUUUUUAGUUGGGACCGCAUACUCUGUCGAGCUACCAUAUCUGAGAUGGAAAACCAAUCCAUUCCUUGCCGCAUUAAGUAUCGGUCUACAUACAUUCUAUUUCCAGCUUCCUGUCUUCUCUCACAUCCAGAAAUAUGUGCUCGGUAGACCAUUAGUUCACCCCAAGUCCUUCUACUUUGUUCUCAUUUUCUUCUCGUUGUUUGCCACGGUUCUUGGAGUGUUCAAGGACAUACCAGAUGUAGCAGGUGAUGAAGCAUUUGGCAACCAAACAUACAGUGUCAGGCAUGGGAAAAAGAAGGUCUUCGUAAUUUGUAUUUCGGUUCUGCUAAUUAACUAUGGGUUUGCUGUGGUGAGCGGAGCCGUGUUAUCAUCACUUCUACUAAGCAAACUUGUGACAGUAGUAGGUCAUUGUACACUUGCUUCCUUACUCUGGCGUCGGGCUAAAUCUCUUGAUCUUGAUGAUGAUUCUGCAGUUGAGUCACUUUACAUGUUUUUGUGGAAGCUGUUUACCGCAGAGUAUGCAUUAAUUCAGUUUAUACGCUGACAAGAAGUGCAUGUACUACUUCAAUUCAAAUAUGUAACUUCUUAUUUUUACUCCUCUCUCAGUAGUGAGUACUUGCUGUGUGCAUGAUCAGAGAGAUGAGUUUGAUUCCUUUAAGUAUUUGAAUGAUUUUUUUUCAGUUUUGUGGUUGUUGUAAAUUGUAAUCAUACUGCAAUACAUGUGUUUAAUAAGUCUUGAUGACUGUGAUUUUCUUUUCUUGUAUUAAACAUUAAAGACAGAUAUUUGAUGAAAUUUCUCGUUUAUAUUUAUUCUCCACCAUUAGAGCUCCCAGUAUUACCUGGAACUCGUCUAA